AUGGCUGCUCUCCCCCAGCGCUCGAACUACAUGCGGAAAUGGACUUGCAACAUCACGGACGAUGUCGCUUGUGACAAGGUGUCCGCCACUCAAACGACGGAUUCAAGGCCCAUGUACAAACGGUACAUGGCUUGGAAUGGCCGCGCCAUGGCCAACCUCCUCGUCCUUCCGAUGUCCCACUUGGUGAGGACAUUGGCCGACUGCAAAGCCAGCGGACAUUCCAGCAAAUCGCUGGAGCACGUGUCCAUCCUCGAAGAAUGGACCGGCAGCUAA